AUCGCUCAAAACAUGAUUGGAAAGGCACUGGGGAUUGCCUUCUCACUUCCACUCCUUGCCUCCCUUAUCCAAGGACUUUGGAAUCUUGAUGUGAUCCAUAAUGAAAUACUGGAAGCUGAAGUGGGUCAGAGCAUUCCCUUGCCUUGUAUAAUGAAAAACGUCACUGGUCUCAAGCUUGUCAAUAUUGAAUGGAGAAAAGAUAAGACAAAGCUGGUGGUGUACAACCCAUCCUUUGGACCCCAUUACUACUGGUCCAACGUGACCAUCCAGAUUGAGAAGAACGACACGGUCAUAAGGGGUUCAUACCUGCUCCUUCCUUGGGUAAACAAAUGGGAUAGUGGCACCUAUGUUUGUGUCAUUACAAGUUACCCUUUGGGCUCCACAGAAAAAGAAACAAAUCUAACAGUCAAAGAUGCCAUCAAAUUAUCAUGUGACACAGAUGGAAUCAUUAACGUCACCUAUGGAGAAAACGCCUCCAUUCACUGCUCCGUUUCCUCUGAUGCUCAGUACAGGUGGAUCAAGGAUGAAAAAAUUGUGUCUGAGAAUGAGUCCCUGGAGCUCUGGUGGGCGACAGACGCUCAGGCGGGGACGUAUAAACUCACAGUCAAGACAGGAGACAAAAUUCUGCACAGAAAUUUUAUCAUCACUGUGCUGAGGACAGAUGUUUUUCUUCUUCCAGACCCUGUGACGGCGUCACCACAAAGUGUGACUGAUUCAGCACACAGCAGCUUGACAACACUGCAAACCACUGAACUUUCAAACCCUGUGAACUGGAUCACUCCUUUAAACCUCAGUUAUGUUACAGCCACAAAUGUAGAAAAUAUAACCUCCUCAACCAGUUUUACACCUACCAGGAUCCCAUUAUCCCCUGACACACACUCCAGCACCUACCACUCACUCAACUUUACUAUAUCAAUUAAUGCAACUGCAGUUUCCAGCUCAACACUGGAAACAGUCAGCGAGGAGAUGAGGAAUGAGUCCAAGCUUCAUACACCACAAGCAGACGACUCCUUAGUCAACACCGAGGAAAAUGUUUCCAAACGCCCCAAACAUCUUCCUUUAACCCCAACAAAGAGUGUUAAAGUAACUGUGUUCAUCUCUGAGAACAAAGGUAUCGGACGGACUCAUUUGUUGGUGGUGUUAAUUGUCAUUUCGCUGCUAUUAGUGAUUGUAAUGGUCGGCUUUCUUUACUGGAGACGAAAUAAACAGAAGAGGAUGGACCUCCCGCCGCCAUUCAAACCUCCUCCAGUUCCAGUCAAGUACACAGCUGCCAGAUGCAACGUCCAGACUUUUCCAACGUCGAGGUGCAACUCAGUAACAGAACCAAGUCAUACGAGACAAACGUAUAUUUAG